AAUUUGCUGUCGUCUUUAUCAGACCUUAUUAGCGCUCCCAUUAAGAAUCUCUCUCUCUCUCUCUCUCUCUCUCCAUCUCUGUCGCUCGGUUUCUCUCUCUGGAUUGGCAUCGUAAUAAUUUAUAUAUCUUAUCUUCUCCAAUCCCCAGUCUCUCAUUUCCCCUCUUUACAUUUUAUCCGAUCCCUUCCGUUGUCGGUUGCUCACUUCUCCCGCACCGUCUCUCCACUCAAUCGCCGAUCGAUCGGUUCGGAUCCCCUGUCCCUGUAACUUUCGCCGGCAAAUUCUGGUUCCCAAUCUGAUUCUCCCGCGGAUUCUGUAUACGGUGGCUCUGAUUUAGUCAGUAGCUGUGAUCGGGCCGCGUCUGUGGAAUUUUUUCCAGGUUUUUAGCUCAUCUGAUCUCUGUGCUCUUAGAUUCAUCUUUCGAGGAUGUCUAGUUUCUCUAAUUGUUUCUUUUAGUGAGGGAGAGAGAGAGAGAGAGAGAGAGAGAGAGAGAGAGAAAGAGGGCGGGUGGAUAUUUUGUGUGUUUGGACGCCGAGAAAAUUCUAAACGGAUUAAGAUUCGGCCGGCGGUGAUUGUUGCUGUGUUAAUUACUUAAUUAGGCGUUUGAUCUUGAAAUUAAUUCUUACACGGAUAACCGGAUUUGGUUAUCAAAAGCUCUGUGAUGCUUUUCCGUUGAAGCUCUUAGUUUGUUUUCUGUUUGAAUCCUGAUUUUUUUUUUCGUGUCAUUCAAAUAUUGGUAGGAUUUUUCGAGGAGGCGAGGAAAUGGCGUUGCUGCAAGGACCGGUUAUAUGCCCUGCCGUUCGUGCAAAGCAGGCAGGAUUCUACAUGUGCACCGUUCCAGUGAUGAAUUGCUGCGUGGUGAGAGCCAGGUUCGUCGGUAACGAGUUAUUGGGAUCCAAAGGAUUCCAUGGUGAGAAGAGUAAGGUGGGUGGUUUGGUUUCCCGGAGCCGGCGGAACUUCUCAAAGGUGCAAUGUGCUCUGAGUUCUUCUUCGAGUGACAAUGGCAACAUGGCGAACUUCAACGAGCAGGAUGAAGAUUAUCUCAAUUCUAGUGUAGUUGAAGCUGUUGAGGUGAAGAGUGGGGCAGAUGGUUUCAUGAUUAAAAUGAGGGAUGGAAGACACUUGAGAUGUGUCCACAACAAUCCUCAAGGCAGCCACUUGCCGGACUAUGCUCCACAUCCUGCGAUUGUGUUGAAGAUGGAGGAUGGCACUGGCCUUCUCCUCCCAAUAAUUGUUUUGGAGAUGCCAAGUGCAUUGCUCAUGGCAGCAGUCCGGAAUGUUCAAAUUUCAAGACCCACUCUUUAUCAAGUAGUGAAGGAUAUGGUUGACAAGAUGGGCUACGAAGUUAAGCUCGUUAGAGUGACUAGGCGAGUUCAUGAAGCAUAUUAUGCUCAAUUGUAUCUGACGAAGGUUGGUUCUGGUGAGUCUAUUAGUUUUGACCUCCGUCCUUCAGAUGCUAUCAAUAUCGCAGUGAGAUGCAAGGUACCAAUUCAAGUGAACAAGUACCUGGCAUACAAUGAUGGGAUGAGAGUCAUCGAAUCUGGAAGGCCAAUGCACUCCCAUACUUCAGAUGGCUUGCUAUUCACUGAACUAGACCGGCCCACGGGUCAGCCGUGUCUUGAUACCAAAGAGUUCAUUCUUGUGCGCAACAUGCAAGAAGCUGCUAUUGAAGAGCGUUACAAUGAUGCAGCUGAAUGGAGGGACAAGCUCGGCCAAUUUCGUGCAAAGAGGAACUUGAGGAAGCACAUAUGAAAGGUAGCGCGCGGUCUUGUCGGAGCUUUUGUAAAUAGGAAAUGCAGUGGAAGAAAGCUGAUGGAAGUCGGCCUGAUUGGCUGAGGAAGUAAAAAUCUGCUGUCCUUUCGUCGCCAGUCGUCUCGUAUAUUCAUACGGUGUCUAUUUAUAUAUAUAUCGCUCGGUCGGUCGCUCUAUAAUGUAUGUAGUCUUGUGAAUAUAUUGUAUAGAAUUUGACAUUGGUGGUGGUAAGAUGUGGGACGAUUAAACUGUAGUGGCUCUGAUUCGAAGUGUGGGAGUAUGCUUUUGAAUGUCAAUUUCUCAAUGUCGCAGUUCCAAUGGUCCCGUGCGCAUUGCACUACUAGCUUUGCAUUUGAAUCUUUUCCCUGCCUUUGUUUCCCAGUGAUUCGUUUCCGACUUUCUGCGCGCUGUUUACUAUGGGCCACCAGUUCGUUUUUGUGAAGGCUGCGGGCGGGCGGGCUCGGCCCGAUGACCGAUAUUAAUUGAGCAGGAUGUCUAGAGAUUCUCGGAAACGAUCAUGUCAGUAAUUUUACGGUGAGUAACUAUAAGUAAUUCGUCAGUAAUCUUACAGUGAGUAACUAUAAGUAAUUCGUCCACAUCAAUAUGACAUUAGUAUUCUUCUUUCUUCUGGAAAGUUUUUUAUUUUUUCCCCUUUAAGUUUUAACGAACAAUUUCUCUCUUGUUUUAAGUCAAAAUUUAAUUUUUUUUUGUACAGAUAAAUCAGAUUAAAUGUGGUCUUUAAAAUGAUAUCCAUUUUGGUAUAUUUUUAGUACAAAAAAAUUGAAUAAUUUUUUACCUGUCUUUAUGGUAUGCUCCUAUUUAAUACCAUAUGGUAAGAAAUUUUUUUAUUUUUUCCCCUCUAAUUUUUAACGAACAAUUUCUCUCUCGUUUUAAGUCGAUUUUUUUUUGUACAGAUAAAUUAGAUUAAAUGUGGGUGAAAUAAAAUGCAUUUAAUUCUCAACCCUUAAAUCUGCAGCACACUUAAAAGAAAGGGUCCAAAUUUGAUUACUCAUACUAAACACCCUAAGGUUACUGGCCCUAGGGGUGGGCACGUGGGUGGUUAAUCCGCGGAUUGGUAUCGAUCCACCCGCAAGUAGUGGGUGAUUGAUUACGGAUUGAUAAAUCUCCCACCCGCACUUAUGUGGGUCGGUGGUGGGUGGAUUGCGGGUCACCCGAAUGACCCGCAUCCUAUUUUCACAUGAAAAAAUAUUAUUUCUUAUAGUAUCAAAUAUUCAUCAUAUUUCCGAACCACACUACAGUCUCACCAUAUACUUCUAAAGGUGGAGAAAAAAUAGUCUAUUAUUAUUGGAUAUUAUGUUGUGUAAUAUCUAUUAGAUAUUGGAUAUUGGAAUGUGAAUUAUUGUUACUAUCCAUUAAAUAUUGGGAUGAAAACUAUAAUUAUUAAUUGUAUCAAGAUAAAAAAUGCGCAAGUUUCUCUAUACAAUUGGAUGAUAGAGUAGUAAUAUUUUUAUACAAAUACUACAUGGAUUCACUUGAGACAAAAUGAGAAGUGUCUAAACUGAUACAGUCUUCCUAAUUUGCUAUGAGGUUAUUAUAAAUGUUAGUCAACUUUCUUAAUGGUUUGUUGGAGAAUUGCUUUUGCGGGUUAACCCACGACCCAACCGCACCGAUCCGCCACCCACCCGACCCGAUCCGCAGAAGAAUGUGGAUGGAUUGCGGGUCACAAUUAUUUCAACUAGCUAGUAAGCGGGUAAGUCAAUUUGAGACGAAAAUCCACCCAACCAGCCCAUUGCCCACCCCUAACUCACCCUAUCUUGAGUCCAUCUAGGCACCGAGCCGUCAAAUGUUAGACCCUUUGGUGGGGUUGGCAAUUGGCAUAAUCAGUCCACCGUCAUAAAAUCUGGAUGAAGUGUGACCCAAAGUCCUUGAAGUUAUUUUUCUUUCUUUUUAUUGAAUUGGUUCCUCUAAGAAAGUGAAAAUGAGGUG